AUGUACGACGGACUUUUGCGCGCAUCAAACCCCCAAACAGUGGAUGGAUUUGCCGACUAUCUGAUCGAUGACGCCCUGGCACCAACGCGCCGGUCCUUUGAGAAGAAUGCUCUGUUGAACCGCCGACUUCCGGGCUACCUCAGACAUAAACGCAAAUUGGAAGAGAAACCCCUUAUUGUCACACUGAAAAAUGGAGACGAACCCAUGUGGUUGCCCAACGACGACUUGCACACAGCGCGAGAGCGCUCUCCCCCUAGGGAAGCCGCGGAGCGGCUUGGGUUUGCGCCCCUAGGGGAGGCCGCGGAGCGGCCAGGGUUUGCGCCCCAGGGGGAGGCCGCGGAGCGGCCCGGGUUUGCGCCCUUGCGAGGGUCCGCUUCGCGGCCCGAGCUUGAGCCCCGGCGAGGGUCCGCUUCGCGGCCCGAGCUUGAGCCCCGGCGAGGGUCCGCUCCGCGGCCCGAGCUUGAGCCACGGCGAGGGUCCGCUCCGCGGCCCGAGCUUGAGUCCCCCCGCAUGGUUGGCCCCACUGUGAGGGGCCAACCAUCGCCCGCCAACGACGACGCCGGAGCCACACCACGAGGCAGGCCAAUGAUGCGAACACCCCCAAUGCCAAGGAUGUCGAUACAUCGUCGUUUUCAACAGCGCCGAGACGCGUUCAACACCUUGAAUCGAUUAAUCUCCGCCGAUCCGUCAAAAUUUGGUGUCGACGAAAAUGGAGGCAUUCUGCUUCAAGGCGGAAAUUCGGUGCGGGACAGUAAUUAUCAGCGAAUCCUCAAUCGCUGGUUGGAAGAGGACCUGUCCAACAAGAGGGGAGAGAAGGCCUUCCGCGAAAAGCUUCUGGCCGAUCCCGCCACCAGGCGGUUUGCCGAGACCCUGCUUCGACUCGACAGUCCUCCCACCGCACUCAAGGCCGGUCAGCGCCGACGUGAACAAGGCGGAAGUGGAUUGUUCAAGAUUCGCAAAUGGUCAUUCCGCAAAAUGCCAAAAGUCUAUUAA